GUCUUAUACUCAACGCCAUCCCCACUUGGUUUGAAAGCUCAACGAAUAUGGCCUGUGUGUGUGCUCCUUCCGCCGUCGCCGCUGUUGCCAUCGUCUCAUCCAACGUUCAGAAGAACGGGAAUGGGCUCAGUGCAACCAAAGAACAUUUCCUGGGUGGAAAGAGAGUGAGGCAAAGUGCGGCAGUUGUCGCCGGCAAGCGGCGAUCUUUCUCAGUGUCAGCGGCGGCAAUUGAGAGACCACUUUGGUUCCCUGGAAGCACUCCACCUCCUUGGCUUGAUGGCAGCCUUCCUGGCGACUUUGGUUUCGAUCCACUUGGCCUUGGAUCGGACCCAGAGAGCUUGAGAUGGAACGUGCAAUCCGAACUAGUGCACUGUCGAUGGGCAAUGCUUGGUGCUGCCGGCAUCUUCGUCCCCGAGUUCCUAACCAAAAUAGGCAUUCUCAAUACACCUUCUUGGUACUCCGCGGGCGAGCUCGAAUACUUCACCGACACCACCACCCUCUUCAUCAUCGAGCUUAUUCUCAUCGGCUGGGCCGAGGGUCGACGUUGGGCUGAUAUCAUCAAGCCCGGUUGCGUCAACACCGACCCUAUAUUUCCCAAUAAUAAACUCACCGGCACUGAUGUUGGCUAUCCGGGCGGGCUCUGGUUUGACCCGCUGGGCUGGGGCAGCGGUUCGCCGGAGAAAGUUAAGGAGCUGAGGACCAAAGAGAUCAAGAACGGACGCCUCGCCAUGCUUGCCGUCAUUGGCGCGUGGUUCCAACACAUCUAUACCGGCACCGGUCCAAUCGACAAUCUCUUCGCCCACCUUGCCGACCCCGGCCACGCCACCAUCUUCGCUGCUUUCACGCCGAAGUGAGAAUCUAGAAGGGAAGGUUUGCGUUGGGCCUCAGACGAACAUGCUUGGAAGAUGGUUUGUUGCUGGGAUUUGCUUUAGUAUGUUUACCGCUGUGGAAGCUGUUUGUAAUGUGAUAAGUAGUGUUACGGAAACUUAAGGGAGAAAUGGCUUCAGUACAAAUUUUUUCUUUGUGGUGUGGAAUAUGCCGUCAUCGGUCUUCAAAGUACGCUAAAAUUAUAUCAAAAGCUUUAGUAAUAAUCGAAUGUCACAUCAAGAAUCUUAUCGAAUAUAGAUGUGAAUAUAAAUGUUUGCUUAA